AUGCCUUCAAGCAGCACCCAUUCUCGAGAAAAACGUGAACGCAACAGAGAGUCGAGCAGGCGAGGGUCGCGACUUGCCCGACUGCAGACCCAACUGGAGGCAGUCGAUGAAGGGGAGCCACAAAGUCCUUCACCUCGAUCGGAACUCUUAUCCCCGUCAUCAACCGACCGACGACACCGUUCUGAAUCUGGACAUGGCUCUUCCUCCCGAAGACGACAUGGUGGUCGGAGCAGCUCUGAAAGGCACAGUUCGAGUCACCGGCACCGUGACUUGGAUCGCUCGGAUGCCUCUCACAGAGAACUCUUGAAGCUGGUCAUGGAGCAAGAGUCGGAGGCAGAGAAGCUCAGGAAGACCCUCUACAGUACACUUCAGCGAUUGGAAGAGGAAGCGCAGAAGGCCGCGGAACUGGAACGAAACAGUCGGGAGAGUGCUGAAAGGUUCCAGCAGCUGAACGAGAGUCGACUCCAGGCUCAAAAGGAAGCCAGCAAGACCAGCCAGGAACUUCGUCUGUACCAGUUCCAGCUUCAGAACGCGCAAGCUCAGAUUGAAGAAGCCCAGGAAUCGGUCAGGCAGUUGGAGAAGCAGAAAGAGGAGGCAGAGUUGUCCGCUGCUCGCGCUCGUGCCAAAGCGAGGAAGCUGUACCAGAGGCAGCUGGUAUGGCAAGCCAGAGAGGAAGGUCGGAGACAGGGUUUCGAGGCUGGUCUCAGAGAAGCUCAGGAACAGUAUCUAAUCGAAAUGCCGCCCCCGUCAACUCAAAGAGGCUCAAGGAAUACCAAGUCUUCUUCUCGGAAUCGCCGACGAAGAGGACCCACCCCUCCGCCUGAUUCAGAGACAGAGGUAGAACAGGAGAACCGCGACAAUGGUCGUGACGAUUUUGAAGAGGAAGACACUAUUCCGACAGAAAUUGCUCUGCAAAGUCCGGAUCCAUUCACUGCUCGGAAACCUAGUCGCAACAUCGGCAUUCCUUCGCGGUUCCAAGAGCCCAAUCACCAACCUCCUCCCGAGCCAGAGCCUGAACACCCGCCUGUCUCCCAUCCACCUCGAGCACCAUCGCCUAACCCAACCAUCCCUAUCUCACACUACGCCAUCGACAUCCCCCCUCAUGAUGAAAUUGUAAAAGGAAACCGAAAGGAAUGGGUAACGGCGCAGAAGCAUAUGGAGAUCAAUGGCGCACCUUCUCCUGCACGUCCAGUUUCCCAACAGCCACACCUCCCUCCAGCGGAGCCUGUCCCUCUCGAGCAGGUAACCGGCCCUGUGUACUUCGUCAUACCAGAUGCAGCAACUCCCCAGUCUGGGCCGCCUCCACCAGCCCCCGUUUUCCCUCCCUCGGCGUUCAAGAAGCACGAUACGCCUCCAAAAAGCGCAGGCGCUACUUCAAUCAAGAAGCCACGGUUCCUUUCGUUGUCGAAAACCAAAGCUCAAGCUGCUUCGUGGUACCGUUCACUCAGUCUUCGCAAGAAGAGUAAACCUGAAAUUGAUCCGGACGAGGACCCUCAUCAACCACAGCAGCAGCGGCAGCCAGCGGAACAGGCGCCGGGGAUGUCAAACCCUACUGCAAGUGGCACCGAAAACGGCGACGUAUAUCGAUACCAGCCUGAGGCGCCUACUUCUUGGUACACCAAACCGAAGAGCACGAAGAGUCGACACAGUCGGAUUGCGUCAGCCUUCGAUGGUGGGGAUAAUCGGUUGUCGAGAGCGUCAACUCGUCUCUCGGAUCUGGAUAUGGUCAGUGCGGCCCCUGGACGGUAUCAAGGUGAAGGCAGCAUAUCCGGUCGCAGCGCGAGUCGGCAACUCGCACAGAAGCUCAGUAUCAUCAAGGAAGACCCUCUUAGUCGCGGCAAUACCCCUCAGGUGGACAGACACCCACAGCCCCAUGCUGCAGGUGCUACUUCCACUAUGCCUGCUCCGCUGUUUGCCCACAGCGGUCAAUCAGAGGCUGGAUCUGCGCGAACUGGGAAACGUCGCCCCCCUGAAAUAGCUUUGCAGAAUCCCAAUGGGCUGCAACACCCCUCCGUACAAGCCCACUGGGGUCAGGUGCCUCCUCCAAUGCCCGUCCAAAGCCACUCGACUGGUCGUUCUGACACCAUCCAGAUCGACGUCCAACCGGCAACUGCAGCACCGGAACCUUCGGCUCGUCCAAGACCAAUGGACAAUAACCAUCUAUCGCCAAACUAUGUCUACCAACCUCUUCGAACGCCUCCUAUUACCCACAGACGAGAACCGAACUAUGCGUCUUCGACUACGUCCAAGAGAAGCUACAAGUCUGGACAUCAGGUCACUCAAAGUUACAGCGAGCCUCCUGCCCGCCCGGCAGAUGCUCGGUCAGUGCGAAGCAGCCAUUCACGCUCCGCGAGUGCCAUGGGCCCUGUGACUUAUCCCUCCGACUUACUGGCGCCUGAUGGAGGACCGCCGAAAAUGGCCUCUCGUCCCGCUAGCACUAGUUCCUUCAAUCCUCGCGACGCAACCUCUGGAACAACGGAGUACCUGGAUGCCCAACCCAAGGUCAUUUAUCGAUCUGCGUCGCGUUCUUCGAUGCACUCGAGAUACGACCCGGACACGUACCUGGAUCCUGCGUAUUUCAAUGCGCCAGACGGGCAGCCUGCUCCGCAAACUUUGAGCCCUAACAUGAACAUCAAUCGGCAGAGAAGUCCCAGUCCCGGCCUCGAGUAUGUUUGAUUUCUACGCACGCUUUCUGCAUUAACUUCCACGUUCUUUCUUUCUACGCUUGCACUUUACGACUCUCAUGCGAUACCUGCUGUCCAUAGACUACUUUCUAUUCCUU